UUCCUGCGUUGCUGGAGAAUUUGCAUGGCACUGGGACACACUCAGUCUCGACAGACGAAGGACCACAGAGACAAGAUGAAGGUUCUCUUCCUGACCCUUUUCCUUGCUGUGGUUUGCGCUGCACAAGACGAAGAAGCUGAGCAAAGCCUUUCAGAGCUUUCAGGACAAUGGAGAACAGUGUACAUUGGAUCCACUAACCCAAAGAAAAUCCAGGAGAAUGGGCCAUUCAGGACUUACUUCCGUAAACUCGUGUUUGAUGAUGAAAAAGGCACAGUAGACUUCUACUUUUAUGUCAAGCGUAAUGGAAAAUGGAAGGAUGUACAUGUCACGGGAACAAAGCUUGAUGGUGGCACUUUUGCUGUUGAGUAUGAGGGUCAAAAUGAAUUUAAAGUUAUCUCUGCGUCAAAAACGCAUCUGGUAGCACAUAACGUCAACGUGGAUGAUGACGGCAACAGGACAGAAUUGACCGGACUAUUCGUUAAAUUGAAUGUUGAAGAGGAAGGCUUGGAGAAAUUCAGGCAGCUGACAGAACAGAAAGGAAUUGAGGAGAAAAAUGUUGUGAAUUUCAUCGAAAAUGAAGACCAUCCUCACUCUGGGUGACAAGGUCAGAACAAACAUCAGUAAAUAAUCAUGGAGACCAGACACAUCCUCAUUUCCAAGGAAUCAAGGUCAACACAAAGAUGACUUCUCUGGUUCCUGAUUAACAUGAUCCUUCUCUCUUCAAACUCAUACUCCCUUUCCUAUCUCCUCUCUGCUGGUCACUAAUCACAUCCUGUCUGGUG